CAAAACUCCUUUUAAUUAAUGGAAGAGAAUCAUUUUGAAUUGGCUGGAGUCUGGAGAUGACGGAUAAGCUUUUUGCCUCGGCUUGGCUUGGCGUGCCUAUCGCUAGUUCGCUAGCUGAACGGUUAACCGCCGUCUAGCUUGCAUUGCUUGGUCGGAAAUCGAACGUAAGUCAAAUGGCUCCGAACAAAAAGACCAAAGGGAAGGUCAAAUCGGCCACCGAGUCAACUCAGUCUCCCAACUCAGAAAACGCCAACUUCCCGUCGUGCAUCCGUUUUGUACCUCCCUCGUCAGUCGCCAUUACUAUUCACGCCAAGCCCGGCUCCAAAGUUGCCGCCAUCACAGAUUUCAGCGAGGAGGCAGUAGGCGUCCAGAUUGAUGCACCUCCCAAGGAUGGAGAAGCUAACGAGGCACUUCUUGAUUACAUGUGCUCGGUUAUAGGGGUAAAAAGAAGGCAGGUAUCUUUAACUUCUGGUUCUAAAUCUAGGGACAAGGUUGUGACUCUGGAGCAAGUAACCUUGCAAUGCGUUUUUGAUGCUUUGGACAAGGCUUCGAAGUCCCACUGAUGAAGGAUUAAAGGAUUAUGUCGAGAGGAAGUCUUUGUGUUCCUCUCGACGUAUGCCAAGAUACAAUGGUAUCAAAGACUAUUCCUUCGUUGUUCCACCGUUAGUUAUCCCAUAUUGAUGCUUGGAUACUUUAACAGUAGUGUCAUUUCUCAUAAAUCUGCAAAAAGCAGUUGCUUCUUGUCUAAAUAAACUGAUGUGUAUAAUCAUAUGAUUUCUCAUCAAAAGAAUUUCCAUUUCAUA